GCAGAUUCGUAUAAAGGCUCCCUCCCUUGGCCACUGGCUCUUGCGCCAUCCGCGUUGUCGUGUUCACCAUCCAACCGGUUCUCCAAUACUAUCUUUUGGCGGGUUCAACAUAAACCAAACAUGACUCGCAGUCUCCCCAUCCUCGUCUCCCUGCUGGGCGCCGUCGCCGCCCAGAGCGUGGGCCAGGCCCCCGAGGUGCACCCCAAGCUCACGACCUGGACGUGCACCAAGGCCGACGGCUGCAAGCCCAAGACCUCGGCUCUCGUGCUCGAUUCUCUGGCCCAUCCUGUGCACCAGAAAGACGACCCAAGCAAAGGCUGCGGCAACUGGGGCUCCGGGCCCGACCCGACCGUGUGCCCGGACGCGGUCACCUGCCAGGAGAACUGCAUCGUGGAGGGCGUUAGCGACUACUCGCAGUACGGAGUCACCACCGACGGCGGCGUCCUGACGAUGAAGCUGCUUCGCGAUGACGGCACGGUCGCCAGCCCGCGUAUCUACCUACUGGACGAGACCGAGACCAAGUACGAGAUGCUGCAGCUGACGGGGCGGGAGUUCACCUUCGACGUCGAUGUGUCGAAGCUUCCCUGCGGCAUGAACGGAGCUCUGUACCUGUCCGAGAUGAAGGCGGACGGCGGAGCGAACGAGCUCAACACCGGGGGCGCUGCAUAUGGCAGUGGAUAUUGCGAUGCCCAGUGCUACGUUACUCCCUUCAUCAACGGCGUCGCCAACCUCGAGAAGGUAGGGGCAUGCUGCCCAGAGAUGGAUAUAUGGGAAGCCAAUAGAGCUUCAACACAGAUUGCACCACACCCCUGCAACCAGACAAGCUUCUACGGGUGCAGCGGUGAUGAAUGCACUUGGGACGGCGUUUGCGAUCAGUGGGGAUGUGGAUUUAACACAUACGUCAAUGAUGUCAAAGGUUUCUACGGCCCAGGACCCGAAUUCACGGUCGACACUACCAAGCCCUUCAGUGUGGUGACUCAGUUCCCGGCCGACCCGGAGACCGGCGACCUCGUGGAGAUCCGCCGCAUCUACGUACAGGACGGCAAGGUGAUCCCCCAGGCAACCGUCAACAUCACGGGACCGCCAGAAAUCAACUUCAUCAACCAGGACUACUGCGAGAAGACUUCGGCCACGCGGUAUAACGACCUGGGCGGGACCAAGGAGAUGGGCGAGGCGCUGAGCCGCGGCAUGGUGCUCGCCAUGAGCAUCUGGUGGGACGAGGGCGGAUUCAUGAGCUGGCUCGAUGGCGGCAACGCGGGCCCCUGCAAUGCCACCGAGGGCGACCCGAAGGUCGUCCUGCAGGUCGAGAAGGACCCUACCGUCAUCUUCAGCAACGUCAAGUGGGGCGAGCUCGACUCGACCUACCAGUCCAAGCCCCCGAGCUGCAAGCGCCGGAAGGCUUAAAUGGCUACGACUCUCUUAACUGUCGCUAGCACAGCUUCCAUUUUCUCGUUGGAAUCAUUCUCUGCAGCUUGCGCUGCCGACGAGCCUUCUUCUUCAAACAUGUACAUAUGAAAAGGGGUAAAGGGGGUGGCCCGUGCGGGAUGCCACGUGGUGGGAGCCGCACGAGUACUAUGUAUCACUUCAAAAUAUAUGGCACAGUACACCAACUUUUCGAGUCUGCGGCUUACCAGUCCGCCACUACUAUUCCCC